AUGAAUAUGUUAGAUGAUGAUGAUGACCAAAGCUUUCACGCUACGCGUGACGGCUACUCCCAUUUGAGCGAUGUCGGAUGGGAUGCGGUUGAACGGAUGGGUUCAACCAUGGGCAUCCAUGCUGUUAGCGUCAUGCUAGAGGCUCUCAAUAGAGAUGCCCAACAUGCUACUAUCGCCAAGUUCAUUCAAAAUGAACUUGACGCAGAACGCGAGAAAGUAGCCUUGCUUCAACAACAAGGAUCUCAACAAGCAGAGUUGUUGAGAGAACAGGGUGCUCAACAGUUUGAACUGUUGAGACAGCAGCAGGCUGCUAGUGGUGGGUCGAUGCAUUCGCGUCGACCCGAGACCUUGAAGAUUGACAUCUCCAAGUAUAGGGGAGUCGAAGAGGACUCCCUCUUGAGAUGGUUCGUCGAAUUAGACGACGCCAUAAGGGCGCGUCGCAUCGACGAUGGGGAAAUGCAAGUUGCAUUUGCCCAGUCAAAUCUGGCAGGACGUGCCAAGACUUGGGCACUGGGGCUCAAGUUGCACGACCCAUAUGCGUUUGGGUCAUUGGAAGUCUUCAAGUCGCGGCUUAGACAAACGCUUGAACCGCCUAGAGCUGAGUUCAGAGCUCGAACCGAACCAUUGAAGCUCAAACAGGGUAAGCGUGAUGUGCACGCUUACGCGCAACAUAUACGACAUCUCACGAGUUGUAGAAGUUCCAACCCGGUUGAUGAACACACGCUGAUUCACUAG